GUUUAGAGGACGAUUAUUGGAAUACCAUUUGUAACAACCGCGGGCUCUUUGCAAGACAAUAYUUGACGAGAAUCCUUUCUAGAGUCAUCGGAGAGACGUUAGAAAAAUCUAAAGAGAAAACAUGGUGAAUCCAGGAGAGGACGACCCAUCAGCUGCGGGGAGGAUAGUCCUCGCCGUCUUUUAUUUGUCGAUGCUGUGCGUUUGUUUCCUCGUUCCCAUCUUCUUCUACCUUCGGGUGCUCUGUCAGGCGAGACGAAAUCGUCGCCUAGUCCAGCUCGAAAUUGCUACAKUGGCACAAGYAAUCAUCGAAUCGCAAWCGAUUCAAMGACGGGAAUCCAUAGCAGCCCGGCAGAAAUAUCAGGACGAACGCAGGGCAAGGCUCGUUCAGCUCUUUGCUCCAGUUCGCAUGGUAAGUAGGUGGCCUAAAAAKUGGCAAGCAGGAGAGAUCAACUGGAGAAUCGUCGAAAAGCGCGUAGGAUGAACGGUGGACUUAGAAACAACACAUUCAUGAUCCAUAGAAACCAACAGGUCUCGAAUUGUCUACGCUGUGGAUGUGAUCUAACGGCUCUGUUUUAAAUUGUACUAUCAAACCAACCUGAAUCUUUUUUAUUUAAACGAUGCAUUCCACCUUGUGUAGAUAUUAGCAGAUGAAAAUUUUGUUUUGUCGGAUGCUAGCGACUUGGACACCCGAAGGGAAAAGAAUGCUAAGUCGUAUGAGGAAGACACAAWAACAUCUCAAGGAUCGGUCGACUCUCGGCACGACUUGAGUUCAUGCUCUAAUAUAAUUACUGUAGAAGAUGAGUCCUGGAAAAUUCCCGAUCAAUCUCAGAGUUCCACUUCUAACGAUAGAACCGGAAGGUUCGACAACGGUGCUGAUGAGGAGGAGAGAUUUAUUCUUAUCCCUGAACCCGGUUUAAGUUAUUGUUCAUCCAUUGACGAAACGGGUGCAAACGAAAAUCCAAACCUUGCAUCAAAUAACACUACCAGUGGAGAAAUYCUUAAUAUUCCUAGAUCGAAAAUGCGAAGGGUGGCGAUCGAAUGUCCAAUAUGCCUUUGUGACUAUCAAGUUGGAAGCGACAUUGUCUGGAGCUCGAAUYCGCAAUGCGAACACGUGUACCACAAAUCCUGUAUUGAACAGUGGCUCAUGAAGGGAAGAGACGGGCCGCUCUGYCCAUGCUGUCGCAGGGAUUUUGUAAUUGAUCCAUUGGAUUCGAUGUCCGAGGAGAUGGGUGAUUUAGAGAAAGGUACCAGAGAAGCUGUGAGGGGAAACCCUCGCCGAAUGGUUCCUACAUCCACAUUAACUUCUACGAGAAGUAUUGAGAUACCCUCAAAUCUGAACAACUAUAACGAUGCCAUGAUAGCAAUGUUUCUUCGAGCAUCUAUAGCGAAUCCUGUGUCGGUAUCAACAUUGACCGCAGCUACUCGAGAUUCUGAAAGAGGCGAACCAGCCACCGAUGGUUCCUUGAAUCCCGAAUAAAAAUUUUGUGGAUCGUAAAAGCUCUCAGAAAUGGAUCUCUGAUACUUGAUGCCAACUAGGUCACACAAAAAAACAGGAYUACUCGAGGGAARGGCAUGUUGAWAUACCGACAGAAUGCUCGGAGGGCCUCUCGCUUUCCGAGUGUAAAAUUCAUACAGUAAUCUUUGCUGUAAAAUAAUUUGCAUAGUGCUUUCUUCSCAUCUGACAAGGACAUGGCACUCGCUAUUCGAGACAGAAUCUUGAAGGUUUAGUUUCAAAAAAGCAGCGCUUGUCCAGAAAUUGUCACUUGUGAACAUGUCAUCAUACGAAUGUCCUACUGGGAYAAGACCUGCCUAUCAUGCUGAAUGUACCAURGACGAAACGUCAUGCAAUUACCCAUGUAUUUUUCCCAACUAGUAUGCGUCACUAGUACUACCAUAUACUUGAAAGUAGGGCCUUAUUGAAAUAACGUGUGAGUUCUUGUUCUUGUCAGAGAGAUAACUUGCAAAUUGCUGAGAGUUUAUCAGAAUGGCAUUACGCAAAGAGCGCAUGAAAUAAGCUAUGAAAAUCAAG